AUGGACAAGAAAAGCAAAAUGCAAGCAGAGAAGCACCUCACGGGAACACUGGUCCUCUCUGUCUUCACUGCGGUAUUGGGCUUCUUCCAGUACGGCUACAGCCUGGGUGUCAUUAACGCCCCCCAGAAGGUGAUAGAAGCCCACUACGGGCAUGUGUUGGGCAUUGCCCCCCUGGACAGACAUGCCACCAACGCCUCUGGGGAGGAUGGCACCGUCCCCAGCAUGGAGCCCUGGGGUGGCACCGAGGGCACGCUCACACCCUCAGCUGACAACGGCGAGGACCUCGCCACCUCCCCGCACAUCCUCACCAUGUACUGGUCCCUCUCCGUCUCCAUGUUUGCCGUCGGCGGCAUGGUCUCCUCCUUCCCCGUGGGGUGGAUCGGCGACCAGCUGGGGAGGGUGAAAGCCAUGCUGGUGGUGAACGUCCUCUCCAUCGCUGGGAACCUCCUCAUGGGGCUGGCGAAAUUCGGGCCGUCUCACAUGCUCAUCAUCGCUGGGAGAGCAGUCACGGGGCUGUACUGCGGGCUCUCCUCCGGACUCGUGCCCAUGUACGUCAGCGAGGUCUCUCCCACGGCCCUUCGAGGAGCGCUGGGAACGUUGCACCAGCUUGCUAUCGUCACAGGUAUCCUCAUCAGCCAGGUCCUCGGACUAGACUUCCUCCUGGGCAACGACGAGAUGUGGCCCCUGCUCCUCGGUCUGUCCGGUGUGGCUGCCCUCCUGCAGUUCUUCCUGCUCUUACUGUGCCCCGAGAGCCCCCGAUACCUUUACAUCAAACUGGGGAAGGUGGAAGAAGCUAAAAAAAGUUUGAAAAGGCUCAGAGGAAACUGUGACCCGAUGAAAGAGAUUGCUGAGAUGGAAAAGGAAAAGCAAGAAGCUGCUAGUGAAAAGAAAGUCUCCAUAAGACAGCUUUUCACCUCUUCAAAGUACAGGCAGGCUGUCAUCGUGGCGCUGAUGGUGCAAGUAUCUCAACAGUUCUCAGGAAUCAACGCGAUAUUUUACUACUCUACAAACAUUUUUGAGAGAGCUGGAGUUGACCAACCAGUUUACGCAACCAUUGGUGUUGGAGUGGUGAACACAGUCUUCACUGUUAUCUCUGUCUUUCUGGUAGAGAAGGCGGGCAGGCGGUCCCUGUUCCUGGCUGGUUUGAUGGGCAUGUUAAUAAGCGCCGUGGCCAUGACAGUUGGACUUGUGCUCCUGAGCCAGUUUGCCUGGAUGAGCUAUGUCAGCAUGGUCGCGAUCUUCCUCUUCGUCAUCUUCUUUGAAGUUGGGCCCGGGCCCAUCCCCUGGUUUAUCGUAGCCGAACUGUUCAGCCAAGGCCCGCGCCCCGCCGCCAUUGCCGUCGCCGGUUUCUGCAACUGGGCCUGCAACUUCAUCGUGGGAAUGUGUUUCCAGUACAUAGCGGAUCUGUGUGGACCAUACGUGUUUGUGAUCUUUGCGGCUCUGCUUCUAGUCUUCUUUCUGUUUGCAUACUUCAAAGUACCGGAGACGAAAGGAAAGUCCUUUGAGGAGAUCGCGGCUGUAUUCCGCCGCAAGAAGCUCCUGCACAAAGCCAUGACUGAGCUGGAAAACCUGCGAGGCAGUGAGGAGGCAUAG